AUGAGCUGGUUCUUUGAAUGCCCGCCGGGCUCCAUAGGCUCAUUUUUGGCACUCUCGAGUGCUUUCUUAUCAAGGUUCAUCCUGUUGUUCGCUGGACACCAAAGCACGAGUCAAUUGCUAAAUGUAAGGCAAAGAGAGGAUGAAACGCUCAAGGCUUUUGUCACCAGAUGGAGGGCGGCGACAUCCCAGUACCGCGACUUGGAUAAACCAAUGGUGUUGGCGGCCUUUAAGCAAGGCCUCCUAAAGGGACCAUUCCUGUACCAUAUCAACUACAAUCAUCCAAAUGCCACAUAUGACCAUGUCAUGAAUGAGGCUGUCAUCCAUGCACAGGAGGAGUUCAUCACGUACGGAGAGAUCCCACCGCCUCCGUCAAUACCAAUAAAGUCCACUCAGCCCCCCUCUAAUCAUCAGGAAACCACCAAGGCCUCUAUGGUACCGCCCACUGACAAAAAGAGGGAGUGGCAACAAAGCAAUCACCACAGCAAGCGGCAGAAAGAUCAGCACUUCAACAAGGGCGGCCGCUCAUCCCAGGGGGACAAUCGCAACAGGCAUACCGACUCUUCCCAGAGGUACGCAGUAUUCACAGUCCUCACGGCUACGUAUGAAGAGAUAUACGAUCAGUGCAAGGACAUGAUCCCGGCACCACCGCCAAGGAAAUACGCUAAAAGGGGCAAACCAAGGAACACAGGCAAAUGGUGCAAAUAUCACGAGGACAGCGGUCACAACACUAACGACUGCAACGCUCUCAAGACAGCAAUCGAGACGUUGUACAGAGAUGGCAAACUAGAACAGUUCAAGAUCGGCCAACCACCUCCUGUAGUCGCUAACAUUGAGCCUAUGCGCCGCAUCAAUACCAUCGACGGAGGGGCGCCCGUCACCAACAUGUCCCACAGGGCAAGAAAGCGCUAUGCGCGUGCCAACCACCCCAAGGAAAUUUGUAACAUCUGCUACGAAAGAUCCGCCAAACUGCCAAAAUCAGGAUGGGAACCCAUCACCUUUUCUGAGGAAGAGGAGCGCGGAAUACACCUUCCCCACGACGAUCCAUUCUUGAUCGACGCCAUGCUCGAUAAAUGGUCCGUGGGAAGGGUCCCCGUCGACAGCGGAUCCGCUGUCAAUGUGAUCUUCAACGGCUGCUACAACCAGCUCUAG